AUGCAGUCAGAUGACGUUAUCCAGAGGCGACCCAGUAAAAUAAAAGACGCGCCGGCGGAAGCUCGCGAGGAAAAUGUGCUGCUGCCAGGGCGUGGACCGGCCGGCCGCUGGUCUGGGCGACAUCAGAGGCGCCGCUCCUCCCGUGAGAGGGACGCAGCCCCAGCAUGCCCGCCUGUCAGUGAAAGUGGAGCAGCCGGCAGCGGCUAUAAGAGCGCGCGGCCGGCCGCCGCCACGGUCACACCUCGCCAAGGUCCGCCGCCGCUGCUGCCGUCGCCGCCAAACCCGCCCCUGGCCGCCAUGCACACCGUCUCGGUACUGGUGGUAUCUCUGCUGGUUGCUGCCGUGGCAGCCGCCGGCACUGCACUGACUCCAGCUCCUACGUCAUCGCCUGCAGCGCAGUCGCGACAGGUGUCGGCUGCCGAGGCGGCAGCUGUGACGAAGGAGAAGAGGGGAACCGCCAAAGCAGCUGCGGCUCCUGCUUCCAGCGCCAGAUACGUCGCUCCCGCUGUCCAGCAGCAACAACAACAGCAGCAACAGGCACAGCUGGACGCACAGCCACAGCAAGUGCAGUACUUGCAGCCUGAACAGCUGCAGCUGUUGCCACAGCAGCAGCUGGCAUUCCUGCCACCUCAGUACUACCAGCAGCCGGCGCAGCUGUUCUACCAGCCACAGCAGCAGCAGCUGCAGCAGCAGCAGCAGCAGCCAGUGGUCACCUACUACCAGCAGCCACAGCAGCAGCCACACCAGGCGCUGUCGCCACAGCAGCUGUACGCCAAGUACACGACGGCCCCGAGGCCCGGCAUCCCAGCAUCCGUGGCCGCAACAGCUGUGCAGCCACAGCUGCAGGCGCCGGACUACUCGCAGCUGGGCCUGGGAGCUGCCGCCUCAGCUGCUGCUGUCUCGCCCUACUCGCAGCUGGCUGGCUUGGGGGGCGCUGGCCUGCAGCAGUCGCCCGUGUUCGGCCCUAACCUCUUCCAGCACCAGCCACUGCUGAUGUACAUCCCGGACGCCGCCGCGGGGAUCAGCUACCAGCCCGCCGCCGCCGCCGCCGCCGCUCCAGCAGCCGGCGCUGUCCCUCAGGGCCGCGGCGUCCAGAUCUACCAGUCGCCGUACCUGGCGCAGAUCCAGAGCAACCUGCAGUCGCAGGCGCAGCAGCAGCUGGCGGCCUACCUGCAGCAGACGCUCAGCCCGGCGCAGCAGCUGCUGCAGCAGGUGCACCAGCCGCAGGGCGCGCAGCAGCUGCAGCAGCAAGCCCACCCACAGGCUGUGCAGAUCAAGGGCUGACGAGAUCGACGACGUGACCUAGCAAAAUCUGCGGGGGUCCACCAUCGUUGAAGACUAACGUCGCAGCAUUAAUGUACCAAUAUCACUUCCAUGUUUCAUCAUCGUCACACUUUCGUCACCAUCGCAUUCUGCAUAGUCAGCCAUUAUACAUUUAGGCUCUUCGCGGAUCAACAUAGCGGUGUUGUAAAUAGAUAAACGACCAUGUACAUCUUUGUUUAGUUUGUAUACACUGUGUGUAUGUAAGUUUAGCUAAAAUAAACACGUUUUGUAGUGAAACUGUA